UUUCUCUAAGCCAGAAGCUGAAAGAAAGUAAUUUUUCGCCCAAAAACGGCUUCUUUCUUUCAAGUUUUGCGUUUAAACUGGUGUGCAAAGGGUGCCAACAGCAUCGGCCAGCCCAAAUCACGUACAGACGAUCGGAGCGGACGCGUUUGCCAGUCAAGAAAGUAGCAAUAGCAGUCGAUAAUUGCGACGAAACACGGAACCACCUAGGGUCUGUCUGGUGCUGCAUCGUGUAAAUAAGCGGUGUUAAAGAGGCUGCAGAGUGAUUUCAUUCGGUAACUUCAAGGAACGGCUAAAACCACAUAACGCAGUAGGCAGCGAAACAUCGUAGGCCCUUGGAUCCAAUGUCUAAACUAAACUCCCAUGGGGCUACCGGGCUUAAGAAUAUUAAUCUUGAAGAGAUAUGGACCGAUCUAGAAGCAGGGAUAAAGCAGGUGUACAAAGGCGAACUGAGUUUAGGCAUUGCACGCUACAUGGAACUGUACACACAUGUCUACAAUUAUUGUACGAGUGUCCACCAGCAGCCGAAUUCCCGCACGGGUUCGUCGAAGGUAUCGAAAAAGGGCAUUAGCGCACCGCCGGGCGGUGCCCAGCUGGUCGGCCAGGAACUGUACAAACGGUUGAAGGAGUUCCUCGAGAACUAUCUCGUCCGGUUGCACCAGAAUGGGAUCGAUCUGAUGGGCGAGGAAGUGCUGAACUUCUACACCAAGCGCUGGGAGGAUUAUCAAUUCUCGAGCAAGGUGCUGAACGGUGUAUGCGCCUACCUCAACCGACACUGGGUGAAGCGCGAGUGCGAGGAGGGCCGGAAGGACGUGUACGAAAUCUAUCAGCUGGCGCUGGUAACCUGGCGGGGAAAUUUGUUCAAGCAUUUGAACAAGCAAGUGACCAACGCCGUACUGAAGCUGAUCGAGCGUGAGCGCAAUGGAGAAACGAUCAACUCACGGCUGGUGUCCGGUGUCAUCAACUGCUAUGUGGAGCUGGGACUCAACGAGGACGAUCCGCAUGCAAAGGGCCAGAAUUUGUCCGUGUACAAGGAAAGCUUCGAAAAUAUUUUCCUUGAAGACACCGAACGAUUCUAUACGCGUGAAAGUGCCGACUUUUUGCGCGAAAAUCCUGUCACCGAGUACAUGAAACGGGUAGAGUUGCGUUUGAACGAGGAGCAGAAACGUGUACAGGUUUACCUGCAUGAAAGUACAUUGGAUCGGCUGGCGGAAAAGUGUGAACGUGUGCUGAUUCACAAUCAUCUCGAUCAGUUCCGGACCGAGUUCCAGAAUUUGCUGAACUCGGACAAGAACCAAGAUUUGGGCCGAAUGUACUCGUUGGUCGCUCGCAUCAAGGCGGGUCUGUUCGAGCUGAAGGAGAUCCUUGAAACACACAUCCACAAUCAGGGUCUGGCGGCUAUAGAGAAGUGUGGAGAUUCUGCUGUAAAUGACCCCAAAAUUUACGUCCAAACCAUACUGGAAGUUCACAAGAAAUACAACGCAUUGGUACUUACUGCUUUUAACAACGACAGCGGUUUCGUAGCGGCGCUCGAUAAAGCGUGUGGCAAAUUCAUCAACACAAAUGCUGUAACUGAGCUGAGCAGAAGCGCAAGCAAAAGUCCAGAGCUGCUCGCUAAGUAUUGUGAUUUACUGUUGAAGAAAUCUAGCAAAAAUCCUGAGGAAGCAGAACUGGAGGACACGCUGAAUCAAGUGAUGGUUGUGUUCAAAUACAUCGAAGACAAGGAUGUUUUCCAAAAGUUUUACAGCAAGAUGCUGGCGAAACGACUUUGCCAACACAUGUCGGCUAGCGACGACGCGGAAGCAUCGAUGAUAUCGAAACUGAAACAGGCAUGUGGCUUCGAAUACACUAGCAAACUACAGCGAAUGUUCCAGGACAUCGGAGUGUCGAAGGAUCUGAACGACCAGUACCGGAAGUAUCUCGAGAAGCUGAGGGAUACACGAAGCUCUGGACAGAACGAAAUAGAUUUCAGCAUUCAGGUGCUAUCGAGCGGCUCGUGGCCAUUCGGUCAGGGCUUUACAUUUUCCCUUCCGUUCGAGCUGGAACAAUCGGUCCAUCGAUUCAACAAUUUCUACGCCAAGCAACAUUCCGGCCGUAAGCUGAACUGGUUGUACAAUAUGUGUCGCGGCGAACUCAUUACAAACUGUUUCCGUAUGCGAUAUACUCUGCAGGCUAGCACCUUCCAAAUGGCUGUCUUGCUGCAAUUCAAUGAGGAAACGGCCUGGAGCAUCAAACAGUUGGGAGAAAACACUGGUAUCAACAAUGAGAACCUUAUACAAGUGCUUCCAAUAUUACUGAAGACAAAAUUACUUAAUUGCUACGAAGGUGAAGGAAAACUUCACCCAGAUUCAACCAUCGAGCUAAACAAGGACUUUAAGAACCGUAAACUCCGCAUCAACAUAAACUUCCCGCUAAAGUCGGAACUGAAGGUGGAACAGGAAGCCACUCAUAAGAACAUCGAGGAAGAUCGCAAGAUACUCAUACAGGCGGCCAUCGUGCGUAUAAUGAAAAUGCGAAAGAUGCUCAACCACACGCAGCUCGUGAAUGAGGUGUUGAAUCAACUGUCCACACGAUUUAAGCCCAAGAUUCAAGUGAUAAAGAAAUGUAUCGAUAUUCUGAUAGAGAAAGAAUAUCUAGAACGUCAGGAAGGACAAAAGGAUACCUACAGCUAUCUGGCUUGAUCAGUGAUAAUUUUAAUCAGUAGUGUAGUUAUCUAAACACGUAUUUUCAAUAUCAAGCAUCCCAAAACUGAGCGUACGUAACUAUUGAAACUCUAAUGAAAAGAACGCCACUAUGAAAAUUAGAAUUUAACGCCAGAACAAACAGUAGGAAAACGUAUACAGGCGAUGAACACCGUUGCAUAAACAGGAGUUAGAUUUAGCGUCUUUGCAAACCAAUAGUAAGGGUUCAAACAAAGAUAGCUUUGCGCCUUUCGGCGUCUGCUAGUUUAACGUGCAUUGACAAAAAAACUCGUCGCGAUGAUGUUUGUAGCCGUUUUUGAGACAUUAAAAGCCCGAAUAAUCGCGAUCUGGGUUGUAACCUCGACUAGACCACGUGUGAUGAUGGGUAUUGGGACAAGAAUACGAACAAAAGAACGGCCAAUGCAAGCUUUUUGCAAUGUUGAACUAACAGUCGCAGAAUAAGCGUAACGCUAAUCGAUAUGAAUCCUAGUACGAAAAUAAAUAAUCUAUAAUAUGUAAAGUUGCGCGGCCCGGUGGUGUAUUGAUAGCGACGCCGGUCUUCUGACGACAGGACCUGGUCCAAAAGCCAAUCCGGACCGUUCACCCGCUGUAAGGACUGACUAUCCCGGCUACGUGGUAAAAUAAGUUUAGUAAGCCGCAAAUUGCAGGCAUAUGACCUAGUAGGUUGUUACGCCGAAAAGAGAAGAAGUGUAAAGUUGCAAAACUCCAUACAGAAUAAUAGUCUAUGAUUGUGUGCAAACCGCCCUCUCGCAGUACCCAUGGGAGCCUUCUAAAACAAGAAGAGGCCCUUGCAAUGACACCUGACAACAAGUCCCAUUAGUGUGAACGCACAUAAAACAGAGAGAGAUUUAUAUAUUUAGUAGAAACAAGUGGACGAAUCAUUUGCUAGUGCACCACGCUAUGGAUGAAUGAUUAAAUUGGGAGAUGUACGCUGGGUAUAAUCGUAAAACAAGGAAACAAUGCCAGGUAUUAUCGGCUGCGCAGCUAGUAACGAGUGGGCGUAAUGUAUGUGCGUGGAUGGUGUAUUGUAGAGAGCAGUGCGAACAGAGUUUGAAUAGAACUAUAGGUAAAUUUUGUUUGUAAAACUUUUUAUUUGAAGGGAUCGAACAUAUGGCACAACAACAAGCCCCGUUGGCUGGGCCACAAAUCUGUUAACUUACACCAUUCGGUUCUUCAUCCCAUGUGCAGUACUGAUUUGCCGGCUAUGCCACUAACAUGCAAGGUUUUGUUUAGUUCAGGUUGUUUUGUUAUGUGAUUUUAGCUGAAUUUUUGGAAACGUACCUUGUCGGCUUACCACCGCGUACCGAUAAUGUGUACAAGAAAUACCUAAAACAAACAAAAAGCUUUGUUAAGAGCAGUAUGCGGCGUUAGGAUCUGUUUUCAGUCUCUCUGACUCCUUCACGUGCAUGUGUGUAAUGUUUGUGUUGAAUGUUACUAUAUUUUGUUAAUCUUAAAAUGUGGCACACACUUACGGCCACAAUCACAGCUGUUUCGUUACUCUGUUUUAAGAAUGAUUGGACUUUAAUCUUGCUUUGUACCACACACCA